AUGUCCUCGAGCACCGACCGGGGUUCGCGUGAACGGAGUCCCGGCGAUAGGCGAGUGUUUCCUGAACCUUACAUCAUGGCGGCAGCGGAGCAGGCCGUGACGCCCGCGGCGGCGGAUUCGGCGCACCGAGAUGCUGCUGGAUCAACGCGCGGAAAGGACCAGGACGCGUCCCUCGGCGCGGCGCUGAAGAGCCUCAUGCGGGACAAGUCGACCCGAAGCACUGGUCCGGAGAAGGACGUCCCAAGCAUCAGUUACUGGGAGCUUUUCGAGGGAGCCACCAAGGCGGAGAUCGGCAUGAUGGCCCUGGGGACCGUCGGCGCGGCGGUCGGCGGGUCGGGCCUCCCGGUGUUCACGAUCGUGUUUGCGGAGGUCCUCGACUCCCUCGGGGAGGAGGACGCGGACUUUUCCUCGCACGUGGAACUCAUGUGCAUCUACUUCGCCGCCCUGGCAGGGAUCGUGCUGGUGGCGUGCUUCUGCGAGGUCGGGAUGUGGGCGAUCCCCUCGGCGCGCAUCGCGGACCGUUGGCGCAUGCGUGUGCUCUCGGCCACCCUGAGUCAGGACAUCUCGUGGUUCGACGGGGACGGCGACACCGGCGGGAUCAUCAACUCGCUCUCCGAGGACACCUCGGCCGUCCAGCGCGGCACCGGCGAGAAGGUCGGGAACUUCGUGCACCACAUCACGGCGUGCCUGGUCGGCCUCGGCAUUGCUUUCUGGAAGAGCUGGGACCUCGCACUGGUGCUGGUGGGCACCCUGCCCAUCAUGGCGGGCGUCGCGGGCGGGCUCGGGAAGAUCACGCAGUGGCUCAACACGCGCAGCAGCCAGGCGUACGGCGAGGCCGGCGGGCGCGCGCAGGAGGCGUUUGGCAACAUCCGCACCGUCCAGGCGUUCGGCGCGGAGGACGCCAUCGCCGACGAGUACCAGAAGCACCUCGAGCUGCCCCUGCGUAUGGGCCGCGUCGAGGGCAUCGUCAAGGGCAUCACGCUCGGCGCGCUGCAGUUCUGCUUCAUGGGCUCCUUUGCCAUCGCGCUGUUCUACGGGUCCUUCCGCGUGGCCGACGGCAAGAUCUCGUCGGGCGAGGUGAUCACGGUCAUCUUCGCGGGCAUCAUCGCCGGGUUCUCGCUCGGGCAGGCGGGGCCGAACGUGGCGUACUUCCAGCAGGCGAAGAUGGCGGGGGCGCGCAUGAAGGCGCGCGCGGACCGCGUGCCGGCCAUCGACGAGCGGUCGCCGGAGGGGGAGACGCCGGACAGCGUGCAGGGGAACGUUGAGCUCAAGGACGUCGUGUUCCGCUACCCGGCGCGCCCGGCGGUGACCGUCCUGAAGGGCAUCAGUGUCAGCGUGCCUGCCGGGAAGACGGUGGCGCUGGUCGGCGAGAGCGGGUCCGGUAAGUCGACGAUCAUCGCGCUGGCGGAGCGCUUCUACGACCCCGAGAGCGGCAGCGUGACGCUGGACGGGCGCGACCUGCGGACGCUGCGCGUGUCGUGGCUGCGGCAGCAGAUGGGGCUGGUGAGCCAGGAGCCGGCGCUGUUUGCGACGACGAUCGCGGAGAACAUCCGCUACGGCAAGCCCGGCGCGACGGACGAGGAGGUGAUGGAGGCGGCCAAGGCGGCCAACGCGCACAAGUACAUCUCGUCGCUGCCCAACGGGUACGCGACGUGGGUCGGGGAGCGCGGCGUGCAGCUGUCGGGCGGACAGAAGCAGCGCGUGGCGAUCGCGCGCGCGGUGCUGCGGAACCCGCGGAUCCUGCUGCUGGACGAGGCGACGUCGGCGCUGGACUCGGAGUCGGAGAAGAUCGUGCAGGCCGCGCUCGACUCCCUCGCGGUCGGGCGGACGACGAUCGUGAUCGCGCACCGGCUGUCGACGGUGCGCGACGCGGAUAAGAUCGUGGUCAUGAAGUCGGGCGAGGUCGUCGAGGAGGGGUCGCACGACGAGCUCAGCCGGGCCGGGGGCGCGUACACGAACCUGCUCGUCGCGCAGGGCGGCAAGGCGGACCAGACGGGCGACAAGGCGCGCCGCAUGGAGGUCGCGAAGUCUAUUUUGGACCGCAAGGAUGACCACCGGCACUCGCUGGAGGAUCCCAAGGCCAAGGCCGCGGACGCGGCGGACCCGGACGAGCCGGCGGGCAAGAUGAAGGGCGCGUUCACGCGCGUGAUGAAGCUGAACGCUCCCGAGUGGAAGUACAUCUCCGUGGGGCUGAUUGCGAGCCUCAUUGCGGGGCCCAUCCAGCCGCUCUUCGCGUUUGUCAUGUCGGAGAUCAUCGACGUGUUCUACCGGCCGGACCCCGACGAAGUGCGGCGCGGCGGCCGCCAGUGGGCGCUGUACAUGGCGCUGCUGGGCGUGGCGGCGCUGGUCUCCUACACCGCGCAGAACGCUGCGCUCUACAUCUCCGGACAGAAGCUCGCCUUCCGCGUGCGCAACAUGCUCUUCCGGCGCCUCCUCAUGCAGGAGACCGCCUACUUCGACCAUCCCAAGCACUCGGCAGGCGCCCUGUGCGCGCGUCUCCAGCAGGACGCGUUCGACAUUCGCGGCGCGGCGUCCGACCAGAUGGCCGUGCUCCUGGGCAGCGUAGCGAUGCUCGCGACGGCGUACAUCAUCGGGUUCAUCCACUCGUGGGAGAUGACGCUGCUCAUCACGGGCCUCCUGCCCCUCCUGGUCCUCGGCGGCCUCAUCGAGUCCAAGUUCUACAUGGGCUUCGGCGACGCGCUCGACAGCACCUACGCCGGCGCGGCCACGGUCGUGUCGGACGCCAUCGGCUCCGUGCGCGCCGUCCAGGCCUACGGGCUGACGCCGAAGAUCAUGGACCUGUACAGGGGCAUGUUGGUGGAGCCCGGGAAGCUCGUGCAGAAGCACGGGUACAUCAAGGGGAUCGGAUUCGGGUACUCGCAGGCCAUCAUGUACGCCAUGUACGCGAUCGCGUUCUACUUCGCGGUGUAUCUGAUCGAGGAGGGCCGCGUCGACCUCGAGGAUAUCCUGAAGGCGCUGUUCGCCGUCAUCUUCGCCGCGAUCGGCCUCGGUCAGGCCCAGAUGGCAUUCCCAGACCUCGGCAAGGCGAUGGGCGCCGUGAAGCACGUGUUCACUGCGCUGGACAGAAAGUCCCUGGUGGACCCGUCGUCGCCCGACGGUGACUGCCCGGACAGCGUCGUGGGCGAGAUGGAGAUCAAGAAUGUCGUGUUCCGCUACCCGGCGCGUCCAACGAUCACCGUCCUGAAGGGCAUCAGUGUCAGCGUGCCUGCCGGGAAGACGGUGGCGCUGGUCGGCGAGAGCGGGUCCGGUAAGUCGACGAUCAUCGCGCUGGCGGAGCGCUUCUACGACCCCGAGAGCGGCAGCGUGACGCUGGACGGGCGCGACCUGCGGACGCUGCGCGUGUCGUGGCUGCGGCAGCAGAUGGGGCUGGUGAGCCAGGAGCCGGCGCUGUUUGCGACGACGAUCGCGGAGAACAUCCGCUACGGCAAGCCCGGCGCGACGGACGAGGAGGUGAUGGAGGCGGCCAAGGCGGCCAACGCGCACAAGUACAUCUCGUCGCUGCCCAACGGGUACGCGACGUGGGUCGGGGAGCGCGGCGUGCAGCUGUCGGGCGGACAGAAGCAGCGCGUGGCGAUCGCGCGCGCGGUGCUGCGGAACCCGCGGAUCCUGCUGCUGGACGAGGCGACGUCGGCGCUGGACUCGGAGUCGGAGAAGAUCGUGCAAGACGCGCUGGACAAACUCAUGGUCGGGCGGACGACGAUCGCGAUCGCGCACCGGCUGUCGACGGUGCGCGACGCGGACAAGAUCGUGGUGAUGAAGACCGGGAAGGUGGUCGAGGAGGGCUCGCACCAGGAGCUGAUGGGGUCCGGGGGAACGUACGCCAACCUGGUGUACCUCCAGGGAGGGCACUGA